AUGAGGGUGCGGAGUCCUCCCAGGUCUGGGCAGCAUCAAGCCCAAAGUGGCACUCUGCAGGGGGUGGACUCCAGGUGCUCUCUUUUUAAAAGGCCGGCGGAAUCGCAUGAGCUUGGCCCGCACUUCGAUCGCAAACUUGCUGGGCUGGGCUCGCACCUCCUCGGGUGCGGCAGCGGCAGCGGCUGCGGGCGCCGGGGUUCGGCGCCUGCGGCCCCCGGCCCCCUUGCGCUUCCUGGCGCUCCCGCCCUCUCCCGCAGCCUCUCCUCUCCGCGCCUUCCUCGCUCCCUCGUCUCUCGCUCCCUCUUUCGCUCGCUCUCCAGCGCGCUCUCUAGCUCGCUCUCAUUUUUUUUCCUGCUGCUGCUGCCGCUGCCGCGGCGCCGCCAGGCGCCCGCACCUCCGCCGGUUGCGCUUGCCGGUCGCUCCCGCUCGGCUCUCUUCCCAGCCCGGAGCUCUCGGCCAGACCCAGCUCGCCUUGCCGCCUCGCCCGCUCCUUCCGGCUCGGACGCCGGGCUCCGCGGCAGCUGGAGCAGGGGUUGCCGCCGAUUCCCUCCUCGCUUGCUGGCUCGCCUGAGCAGCAGCGGAACGCCGCGCGCUUGGUGGCGGCUCCUGCCCGGCGGCCGUCAGCUCAUCCCUGCUGCGUCCCGGACUCCGGGCGGCUGUGCGCUGGGCUCGGUCCGCAGCGUCAGCACCGGUCGCCGCGGCCCGGGCUCUGGGCACCGCGAGAACCGUGCCUCCGGCUGUCGCCCGCCUGCCUGCGCCCCCGGGUCAGGCGGGCACGCAGCCGAUCCCUCGCCGCGGCUUAAACCUUGCUGGCGCGCGGUUGGUAAGAGGAGAGGAUUGGAACUGUUUUCUCCUUGAUGCCAAGAUACGCCAAGCUAGGAGCACUCUGCCCUUUCCACAGUCAUCCCCCGAGAACAGGCCUGCAGGACGGGACGAGGAUCAGAGCCUCCCUGCAACCCC